AUGAGUUCUUAUCAAUGCUUUUUCCCAAACUGCUCUAAUGAAGUUGAAUGUAUCUGCCCUUGCACUUCUCCAGGGACUUACAUUUGCGAAUUGCAUUUAGGAAAGCAUAUUAAAAUGCUUUCAGGCGAUCAUAAAUAUGAAUUUUUCCUUUGUGAGCCCUAUGAAGGCACAAAAGAUGCAGUACUGAGAUUUCUCGAUAAAGAGAAAUCCAAGCAAGUAAAAGCCAAAGAAAAGUUAAUUGAAGCUUUUGGAAAGAAUCUUUCGGAUCCAAUAAAUGAGAUUAAGGGAUCUAUUAGGGGCCUUGAAUCUGAUUUAUGUGAAAUUAAUGCCAGUUUCAACAAAAUUAUGCAAACUGAAAAGGUAUCAAAAUUUGAUAAAGAUCCAAUAAUCAAGACACUUAAUUCAAACCCAGAAGAGGCCAUUGCAAAAUUAAAAGUACUCCUUACUUCGAAAUUUAAGAAUUAUAAAAUUAUUUUGCAGUUUUAG